GGACGUCAGCUUUAUCAGACGGCCUACGGAACGCCGAUCUGCCAGUGCCCGGACGGCACCUACGAAACAGACGAUGACUUCGACCAAGAUGUGUGUAAACCAUUGCUGAGCCACGAUCCAACUUGUCUGUCCUCUUCCCAGGUGCUGUGGUUCAAGGACUUCAGCAGCUCCCCGGAGUGUCUGCCCGAUCCUUGCGGUGGGAAGAACCUACGUCGAGGAUCCGACUACUUGCCUUUCGUGCCCUCCGCACAGGAUGGGAAGUGUUAUCAACUGGGCCGGGGGAGCGGCGUGUGUCCCGCCAAGACUUGGUAUUCUUUGGCGCUGCACACACUGAGGGGUGUGUGUGUGGGCCUUGACGACGCGGGCUACCAAGUUUUCGAUGAAGCGACGCUGGAGUAUUUGAUACAGCAGUAUGGUGCCUUUACCAGGGAUAUCGUGGCGUUCUCUCCCACUCCUGCCACGGAGGUCGUUGUUGAUCCUGUUACUUCCAAAGCUUCUGCUCUAGACCCCAGCCCGUCUUCAGCACUGGGCUCUGGCCAAGAUCCCAUGUUCACUCCGUCUCCAGUUCCAGGCUUUUCCCCUGGAUCAACGCAGCAUGUCCUAGGACCAGAGAGAGCUAAUAGUGAGAAUCCAGAGAGGUUUGAUGGCAAGGCAGGAGACUCUGGACGAGCAGGUCCAACGAAUGACCAAACGAAGGCAUAUACGAGGUUGCAAAAAGGAAACAUCACAAGUGGUCAGGAUACUGUAGGUCAUUCAGGGUUGUUCUCUGCAUCGCUUCAGCAUGGUGAAGCUCUUCAAACAUCACCAGGACAAGGAGUGUCCCGGCCUCUUGAUGGGACAUUGAAGGAAGGUUCUCAGAGAGACCGCCUGUCUCCGACCACCCCCAAAACGUCUCACCCUUCACCUACCCCUUCCAUUCAAUAUUUUCACCCUUCAGAGGUCCCCUCACAGUCCCCUCCAACAUUUCUUCCACACCAUUAUCAACAAUAUACUCAGAAACCUUCCUCCCAUUCUUUGCCCACGCACUACUUCAAUCCAAAUCAACAGGGCUCUCCAACCCUCACUGAUCCGCCCUCAUACUUCUCUACCUCUCAGACCCCGCCCUCUUCUGCUCAUAACUCUUAUCCAGCUGUUCAUCAUCAGACCUCCUUCCCUCGGGUCUCUCCUAUACCCUUUUCUGGCCCAGACCAGUCCUAUGCUUCUUUACUCCACCUGAAGACGUCAGAGCCGUCUAUGCUUCGCAAUCAGUCAUCCCCCUCCAACCCUGACCGUGAGUCUUCAGCCCUCAGUCCACAUUUGUCGCAUUUGUUGCCUCAUCCACCAGCUCUGCCCCCAGGCCACCUCGUACUUGGCAGUCUUGAGCACCAACAGCCAUCCCUUGAGAUUUACGAGACAUAUGACAGCAGUGUGAGGGAAGAGUUGGACUUUUCCCGCCUGGCUAAUGUUCCACCACGCGGCUCAUCCUCGGCAAUAGACAGUCCCCCGGUAACCCACGAACACCGAGACUUCUUUAGCGGGGCGGUGCCAACACGGGGCCAACAGUCACAUCAGCACCAGCACCAGAGCCAUUACAGUCAUCAACACCAAGGAGUACAGCACCAGCAGCAGCUUAGGGGACGCCGUUCUGCCCUGCCCCACGCCACGCCAGGCAAUGUGAUCGAGCCCCUCCUGGCUGCCUGCCGUGCCGGGGCUCAACGGGAUGUGAAUGCCAAGUGCCGCGACACCGUGCUGCCUGCCGCUACAGUGCUGAAGAGAGAAGUGAGGGCGGCUCCCCCAGUGCCUCCCCGACCUACCUGUCCGGAGGGCCAGGCGUACGGCAGGAACAGGAGCUGCAUGUCUGGCAGCGAGGCGAUUAACUCCAUCAAUGCCUUCAAUCUUGGCAAGUGAAGCCGCUGACCACCAUCUGCCCUCCCCCUACACACACACACACACACACACACACACACACACACACACACACACUUCCUCCCCGACAUAACCACAGUACAGAGAAUGAUGACCGAAAUGAUUCAAAAGCUUCGAGGCUGAAAAAGUUAAAACGCUAAAAUCGCACUUUUUUGGGAAAGUGUAGACUGUUUGAUGUGUUAAAAACUUACAUUUUCAUGAUCCCUUUACUCGUGAUCAAUUUUGAAUGGCAACACAUUUCGAAGGGAGAAACAAGUUGGUAAAUACCUGUUGAUUAGUGAUGUACUCGGACAACGUAUAUUCAACCAAUCAGAUUCCAGUAAAAUUUCCGUGGAAAAAGGGCA